CAGGACGGCGCACAAACAAUGUGAUUUUAUUUUAUCUUAAAUUUUUCUACUGUUUUUGAAUAUACAAUUUUUUAGGAUAGGUAUUGUGAUAUUAUGUUAACUGUCAAGUGUAAAAGAAGUUCAGUUUUAUUUACGUUUUGUGAUUUUAGCACUCAUAGGUAUAUCGAGUAAAAUAUUUAUUGAAUCAACGCAAAAUAAGAAGAAAAUACACUACAGCAAAUAAUAUCUUUUGGUGAAAUAAUUAGAGAAUUCUCUAGAAAGUGAUAUAAAUUAUGUACACAAUCGAUCGAUCGCUUUAGAGUAAGUUUAGUUAGGUUUAAGUCAUUAGGAAUAAUGAAAACGUUUUCAAAACAAAAUAGUAGUAUUGUACGAAAUGUAACAAUACGAAGUUAAUUUUCAUUGAGUAAAUUACAAAGAGCAGUGUGUUGUGGUGACAUCACAAGAUGACAAUGGAACGUGACCGCGGUGAGCGGGACUACAUCGGGUUCGCGACCCUACCCGAGCAAGUGCACCGAAAAUCUGUGAAAAGAGGGUUUGAUUUCACACUAAUGGUAGUCGGUGAGUCUGGCCUGGGCAAGUCGACACUUAUUAACAGCUUAUUCUUAGGAGACCUCUACAGAAAUAGGAAAAUACCAGACGCUCAUGAUAGAAUAGAAAAGACAACUACAGUGGAAAAGAAAACUAUGGAAAUCGAAGAACGGGGGGUCAAGUUAAGAUUGACAAUUGUAGAUACACCUGGAUUUGGAGAUGCCAUCAACUGUGAAGACUCAUGGAGAGUUUGUUCCGCUUACAUCGAUGAACAGUUUAGACAGUACUUUACUGAUGAAAGUGGAUUAAACCGGCGUCACAUGCAAGACAAUCGAGUGCACUGCUGUCUCUAUUUCGUUCCGCCCUGGGCCCAUAGCUUACGUCACGUAGACUUAGAAAUGAUGAGGAGGCUACAUCGUAAAGUAAAUAUUGUCGUGGUGAUAGCGAAAGCGGACUCUCUCACGGCAGCCGAGGUGAAGCGGCUUAAAUCGCGAAUACUAAACGAUUUGGAGGAACAUCAAAUUCAAGUGUAUCAGUUUCCUGAAUGUGACAGCGACGAAGAUGAAGAGUUCAAACAACAAGACCGUGAGUUGAAAGCCGCGGCUCCAUUCGCUGUCGUCGCUUCGGAUAUUGUGUUAGAAGUAGGAGGCAAGCGAGUACGUGGCCGACAAUACCCCUGGGGAAUCGUCGAUGUGGAGAACCCUCGGCACUCGGACUUCACGAAGCUGCGGACGAUGUUGAUCUCGACACACAUGCAGGACCUGAAGGAUGUCACGCAAGACGUUCACUACGAGAAUUUCCGAGCGCAGUGCAUCUCGCAGAUAUCUCAACACGCCAUGCGGGAAAGAGGGAAACUGAAGAGAGAUUCCAUGGGGAACAACAACGAAGUAGUUAUCACGGAUACAGAUAGAUUGUUGCUACAGAAGGAUGAAGAGAUCCGUCGUAUGCAAGACAUGUUGACGCAGAUGCAAGAAAAACUCAAAGCUUCCGAUAAAAAACAUGACAGUAUUAUAGAUGUAUAGAAAAUAGACUGCAAUGUAUAGCAUAGCAUAAACAUUACGUACUCACAUAAGUAGACGUAUAAUAAAUUAUGAGAACCUCUUUAGAAAAUUCAAAUGAAUUUAGAUUUUUAUAAUACAAGUUAGUUAAUACAAUAGGUAUGGUGAUUUACAACAAUUUGCAAAGACAACAAAAAUUUUAAUUUAUAGGUAGGUAGCUACUUAUUUGUCAUGUAUUUGUAUAGAUUCAUUUUAUUACCCAAUUCAGUGUCUAGUAAUACGACGUGUUGAAUAAAAUAAUAUCAGUCGAUUAGGUAUAUGGUACCUACACAUAAGUACCUAUAUAGACAUUGAGCGGUGUAAUAAUAAUUUAUACAAACGAAAUUUUAUGGAGUUCCUCGCUCCAAACUUGGCCGAGGGGCCGAGUCGGAAACAGCAGUUGCCUUUAGUCGCCGUCAAUGGUAGCACCACGUCUAAAAUUAUGUGCACUAGAAUAAAUUGAAACGCGCAAUGGAUAGGUACAGUCGAGCAACGCUAUUUCCGUAUAACACAGGCCAUUUUUGGAAGAACAUGGAUUUUUCCUCACGAUCUAUCGAAAACUAUCAUUAGGCUGAAUAUACCUAGGUAAAAUUAUAGUUAUUGUCGGUAGUUAACCAACUUUAUCUUUGCAAUAACAUUACUUAGAUGUAUUAAUCUACAAUCCUCUUUUAAGUUUUUAGUGAUCUAGUUGUUAUGCAGUUUGAUUGAUAAUUAGUACCUAAGCCUAACAACUAUUAUACGCACCUAUAUUAUACAUUAAAAAUGAAAACCCUCCACAAACAGCACAAGCGUCAUCAGUUCUGGUACAAUCAAUAAGGCUUUCCAUCCAUCCAGGGGUUUUUUUUCGUGUUUUAGAUAGGUGGGUACAGAGCCGUUAGUGGGUAAUUUCCAAAGAGAUUCAGAAAGUGUCCAGCUUUGAUGACGCAGUCCAAUAGUCUGUGGAUUUAACAGUGCACCAUGUGCAGCAUCUGUACCCACCUGCCCCUCUGCCUGUGCCGACGCAAGUUGAAACAAAAAUUGUGUUAACAAUUUAUUUAUCACCAACAGUACCUAAUAAUGUAUCAAUAUCGUAUGUAUAGAUAGACAGACUGACUUUCUAUACAUGUAUCACAUAAUGAACUCGACCACUAACCUACAUAUUUUUAUUUUUUUGGAAAGAAAAUUUAUUACAACCAUCAGAAAAUAAAAACAUUGUCACAGUCUAGAUAAUUAUACCAAAGCGUUUAAUAAAUUAUGAACUUUGUAUCGAUAUUAUUGAAAUAAACUGUAAAUUGAUACUUUAAA